AUGGCGGCGCUGUGGCGGGCGCUGCGGGCGCUGAGGGCGCUGCCCGCCGGGGCUCGGGGCCGCUCGGCGGGGUCCCCCGGGGCCGUGGCGCUGCCGAGGCCUCUCGGAGUGGACGCGCACGAGGAGGAGCCGAUGUUGGUGGCGCAGAGGAAGAACCCCGACUAUCAUGGCUUCUCUGCCGACCCCGACGCCGACGUGCUGAACAUGCGCGCCGCCUUCCUGGCCGGGAUCUCCGUCGCCAUCGUCCUCGGCUCCGUCUUUGUGCAUUACCUGCCCGACUACGGGCUGCAGCAGUGGGCCCGGCGCGAGGCUGAGAUCCAGAUACGGGAGCGGGAGCGCCGGGGGCUGCCCUUGCUCACCUCCAACUACUACGACCCCAAGCGCCUCCCCCUGCCCCCCCCGGAGUGACCCUGGACCUCCAACCCAACUGUCCCCCCGGAGCCUCAACCGUCCCCCCGGAGCGACCCCGGACCUCCCUGUUGGUUUGUGAAUAAAGUUCUGGGUCCUCUCUGA